GAAUAACAAUGUGUCUUUCCAAAACUAGGCAGGGCCGAUGAACGGAAAAAGGGAGUCGGCAGUUAACCUCAUCCAAUUUGUUUACCUAAAAUUUGGACGUCAGUAUUGCGAAAAGUAGAGAUUUAUGACCCUCGGUUGCUCGGGUCUUGGCCGCAUCCUAUAGUGUAAGUGCAGUUAACACAAGAUGCCGACUCAACUGGUUCCGGAGAUGGAUGUACCUGAGAUUCGUGUGAAAACAGUCUUCAAUGGGGAGGUGAUGAUCACCUACAUCGACCCCAAUGUGACGCUGGAGCAGCUGCAGCGCGAGAUGCGUGAGAUUUGCCACUUCCCGUCGGACCAGGUUUUCACCAUGAAGUGGGUGGACGAGGAGGGCGACCCCUGCACCAUCACCACUCAGAUGGAGCUGCGAGAGGCCAUCAGGCUCUACGAGCUCAACAAGGACUCGGAGCUGACCGUGCACGUUUUUGCCAACGUGCCGGCCGCGCCGGGGAUGCCCUGUCAGGGCGAGGACAGGAGCAUCUACAGGCGGGGCGCCCGGCGCUGGCGAAAACUGUAUCGAGUGAAUGGCCACAUCUUCCAGGCCAAGAGGUUCAACAGGCGCGCGUUCUGCGCCUACUGCCAAGACCGGAUCUGGGGACUUGGCCGGCAGGGCUUCAAGUGCAUCCAGUGCAAGCUGCUCGUCCACAAGAAGUGCCACAAGCUGGUGUCCAAGCCCUGCAGCAACGAGCAGGUGGAGCCCGUCACCCGGGACGACAGCAAUGGCACGCCCACCUCGGACCUGCUGCCGGAGAAGGAGUUCCCGGACCCGCCCUCGGACCUCUCGACUGGCGCGGUGCCCGUCGACGACCCUUCCAACGCUGACGAGAGUCUGGAGCCCGGCACCCAGCGGCAGUACUCCAUCAUCGACUUCGAUCUGAUCCGCGUCAUCGGGCGCGGCAGCUACGCCAAGGUGCUGAUGGUGGAGCUCAAGAAGACGAAGCGCAUCUACGCCAUGAAGGUCAUCAAGAAGGCUCUGGUGACGGACGACGAGGACAUCGACUGGGUGCAGACGGAGAAGCACGUGUUCGAGACGGCGUCCAACCACCCCUUCCUGGUGGGCCUGCACUCGUGCUUCCAGACGCCCAGCCGCCUCUUCUUCGUCAUCGAGUUCGUCCGCGGCGGCGACCUCAUGUUCCACAUGCAGCGCCAGCGCCGCCUGCCCGAGGAGCACGCCCGCUUCUACUCGGCCGAGAUCAGCCUGGCCCUCAACUUCCUGCACGAGAAAGGCAUCAUCUACCGUGACCUGAAGCUGGACAACGUGCUGCUGGACCACGAGGGCCACAUCAAGCUGACGGACUACGGCAUGUGCAAAGAAGGCAUCCGCCCGGGCGACACCACCUCCACGUUCUGCGGCACGCCCAACUACAUCGCGCCGGAGAUCCUGCGCGGGGAGGACUACGGCUUCAGUGUGGACUGGUGGGCGCUCGGUGUGCUCCUCUAUGAAAUGCUGGCGGGAAGAAGUCCGUUCGACAUUGCAGGCGCAUCGGAGAAUCCUGACCAGAACACGGAGGAUUAUCUUUUCCAAGUUAUAUUGGAGAAGACGAUUCGUAUUCCUCGCUCUCUAUCUGUGAAAGCUGCAUCUGUCCUGAAGGGCUUCCUAAACAAGAACCCUAUUGAUCGUUUGGGUUGUCAUCGAGAAACAGGGUUCCAGGAUAUCACUGGCCAUGCUUUCUUUAAAAGCAUUGACUGGGAGGCGCUGGAGUGUCGUCAAGUGACUCCUCCAUUCAGCCCAUUGGUUCGCUCAGAUAUAGACUCAGACAACUUUGAUCCACAAUUUACAUGUGAGCCUGCUGAGCUCACUCCAGAUGACCCGCGGGUGAUUGAGAAAAUAGAUCAAACUGAGUUUGAAGGUUUUGAGUAUGUGAACCCAUUACUAAUGUCACUUGAAGACUGUGUUUGACAAGACGACCCUGGCCGCCUCUCAGAAGACGGCCAGGAUGAUGUUGUUGAUGCAUUCAGGGGCGUGUUCAGGGAUGACGACGAUGAUGAUGAAAGCACCGAACCUGGAGUUGUCUUGGGACUGGAUGAUGGGGGUCAAGAAGGAGAGGUAGUAGCAGGUAGCGUGGUUGGAGUUCCUGGUGUAAAUGUUCUAAGAGACCAAGAUGAUGAAGAAGAAGAAUCUGAAGAGGAAUGGCUUCAAUUACAACGUCUUCACUUGGGAGGGUAUGAUGUGGGCCUGACCCCUCAUGACUGGGUGCAGACAGAUGAUUGCCCUUUGCCGAUUCCUGAUGGUCACGAUGAACAAAACCAUGAUGAUGAUCCUCAUGAGGGUGGCUUCCGAGCUGACAGAGAGGGCUCUCGACGGGGAUUGCAGCAAAUAUUUUGUAUGUCUCUGCGCUAAGAGCAACACUACGUGCUACUGACCUACUUCCUUGGCUGCUUUGCCAAAGAAGUUUCAAUGUUGGGCAAAAGGGAAAAGAUAAUUGAAAGAAAUAUUCCAGAAUUGUAUUAUUCUGUCAGUGUUGUCAACUAGAUAAUUUAAACAUGGGUUCUUGGCGAUGACACUAUCGCUCCAUAAUCAGGAUGUCUGUCCUGUGUGGCUGAACCAAUUCUGGCUGUGUUGGAUAUAUUAUAAGAUUUUGGAAGUCAUUGUGAAUGUGAUCUAUAUUUCAGUCUCUUAUUUCAUGGUUAUUUCUUGGUUUUCAGACACUUUUAUUUUGUUUGCUUCAGUCCAACAUUGAGAUCUUUGUGUGUAAAUCUGCAAAACAAGUUUCAGUUGCUUACUUUACAACUGUUUUAAUUUUUGGGAAGUAUGCUUUGGUGCCUUUAUUAUCUGUUGGUUUUCUUCCUGUUUUUUGUUGAAUGCUUAAUGAUGUCAUCCUGCUGUUUUUAUACUGAGGAGGAUUUACUCUUAUGUUAUGACAAAAUUUCUGUUCCCUUUGAGAGCAGGAAAAUGAUACUGUUUAUGUUUUAUGUACUUAAACUCUGUUGCCAUUACUCACAGUUUAUUCUUGUAAAUGAAAUUAUCUAUCUCUCCAUAUGAUACUAUGAUCAUUUAGUUUCAUGGCCAACUCUCAGUAUUACCUUUAUUUAAAGUGACUGUUAGAUUGGUAGCACUGCAUUUAUGGCCUAUCUCCUAUCUCUUUAUGUUAUUUAUUGUAAAUAAUAAUCUUGGAGCAGUAAAAUAAUCUUAAGUAUACCUUCAAGAGCAUGAAGCUCUGAAGUGGUAGAGCUCUUAUUCUAAACAAAAUUAUGCUAGGUCUGUGUAUUAUACAAUGUACAGGCAGUAUUACUAGUGCACACGCUGAAUUUUUCUGGACAAAUACCUAGAUAGGAUGUAAAAGAUUACACACUGUUCUUGUUCUCAUCAUUCCUGUGAGACUAAUCAUGAUGUUUUUGUUAUGGUUACUCUCACAUUUCCUACAAUUAUUGUUAAACUUAUUAACAGAUUUUGUUGUUUCUCCCUUAUAUUUUGUUUAGUGACUCAAUGUGGCAAGUGAUGUUUGUAUAUGACAUCAUCCCUCUCUUAACUUUGUUUUUUUUUCUUUUUUCCUUGUUUAUAUCAGGAACUUCAUGUAAUGAUAUAUUGUGGUUUUGACCAUAAUUAAGGUUCAUAUUGCUCAUAUAAAAUGUAUUUAAAAGUGUACUAAAAUAAAUCUGACCAUCAGAUCACUUCAAUACCAACGGUUUAUAUUCUAAAUUUUUCACUGAAAGUAUUAUGUCAGUGUGCCGGACUGUUCUUCUAUUGUGUUUGUUUGCAUGUACAUACAUAUGUCUUAUGUAUGCAUGUAUGAAUAUGUGUGCUGAUGUUACUGAAAUAUCAAAGAGCUUUCUUCAGAGAUAGUUCUUCAGUCUAUGGCCUGAUUGUUUUUGUACAGUACAGUUGUUUACUAACUAUUAUUCACAGCUGCUGUAGGGUCAUGUUGCUGAGUGCAAAGAAAAUUAUUCAAAGCUUAAAUUGCUUAAAAUUUUAAUGAACCAUUGAAAAUGAAUGGUGUCUCUGCAGUCUUUAUACUUUGACACUAUUCCCCUCUAAGAUUUAAUGAAAUCCUUUUUCCAUUGUUUUUUUCUUUACUAUGAACACACAAGAGGAACCUGUUUUCAUUCACUCCUUUACUUUCACUUUCUCUCAACUAAACACAAUGAAUGAUGCAGAUCCUUUCUCAACCGUCUUCUGAUCACAAUUGCUGUUUUAGUGUAGUUUCCAAUUCUUAAAUAUAAAAUAGACUUAUUGUAAAGAAGAAAGAUUCCUUGAGGAUUUCAAGCUCUUAUCCUGUGAACACCUCAAAAUCUAUGAAAUGUGUUGAGGUAUCACAUAUUAUUGGCCAACCAAAAUUUUUAUCUGUGGUCUAGAACUGUGUUACAGUAUGUCCGUUUAGUUUGGUUUACUUUGUUAAGAAAAAGACUUCAUUUUUUUAUGUUUAUAUUUGACUAAUUUCUCUUUUAUUACUUGAUACAUUCUUUUUGAUGAAUUUUUUUUGUUUUGAAGAAAAAUAUGUCAUCAUGAAGUGUUUUUGAAGGAUCGAUCUGUUUCCUAAUCAAAUAACUGUAGAAAGGGCCAAAUUUUGCACAAUUUACCAUCGUCCCACGUAUCUGUUUGUUAAGGUUUUUUUGCAACAGUCUGAGAAGCCAGAUGGAAAGUUGACAGUUUUAAAUAUCAGCACUUUAAUUUGAGUUGUGUUUCCCUCACAUUGUCAUUCAUAAAAUUAUUCCUCCCUUGUUUUAUUUGUUUGAAAGAAAUUGGAAAGUGCAAAGUCUUAUUAAUUGUCAACAAGUGGUUACUAUGUAGCAGCAUUGUGUCACUCAAAUAUUAAUCAAAAUUUCAUUGUAAAUGUAGGUCCUUACAAAUAAUUAUCUAACCCUGUCUUGUUCCAUUCCAUUCUAACCAAAAUGGAAAUCAUAUUCUAAACAAAUAAAUGCACAUAUUUUUACAAAUAGCGAAGCAGUAUUAUGAAAUAUUUUAGAGCAAAUUGGGGGGGUAUGUAUAUUGUUAGAGAGGGAAGACAUAUUUAAAUUGUAAAUAAGGGCACAUCUUGUGAGCAAAUAUGCAAAAAAUAAUAUUGUAUAAUUUACGCUCAAACUGUGUUGUAGAUCCUUGUGCCACCUAAAUGAACUUUCUGAUUCCCCAUCAGUUCUGUUUUAGCUUAUGUUCCUUGGUUUCCUUCUGUAUGGUUUUUUCUGAGAAGCAGUUUAAGAAAAGUUCUCAAAGUAUCUAUUAAAUAUUUAUGGAAAUAA